UAAGUUUUUUCUCUCGAACCCCUCCUGCCAUAGAAAACCUGCCGCUGCCACUGACCGAGACAACAAGCGCCGCCGCCGUCGCCGCCGCCGCUGCGCCUGCUCAUGUCGUCGCCGCUCCUGCCGAACGCUCUCUUCGCCGCGCCGUCUUCGAGGAGACUCUCCCCACCCCCGCGGCGCGCCCUCACCUCAGGCUGUCACUUCCGCGUGACCCUGUUCGGUUAAUCCCCUCACCAAAGGGAUUGAAGGGGAUUUUGACUUGCAAGGGAUUUAAUCCCUUCCAAACCUCUUCAAACCCUGCCUAACCGAACAAGCCCUGUAUUCUCCAUCCCACAGGAUCCCCUCACCUCUCUGUUUGGUUCAUCCAUCAUGGUAGUUGUGAUGGUUCCAGUGAUUCUCACUUAUAAGUUAUAAAGGUUCGACGUAUGGCGCUAACCUGAUUGCGCAAGCAGGGAACACCUUUGUAUCCUAAAAUUGAUGUUAUGCUAUGGAACUCAGAGAAGUUUGCCCUUGACUGAAAGAGUUGACGAAGAUAAUGGAUGGGAUUUAGGAUUCUUGAAUCAUCUGAAGCCAAACCUGCGAAGAGCUCACGGCUGGAGAAAAUAGUUGCUCCAGUACUGAAAUCAUGUCGAUUUAGAUUCGUCUAUUGAAGUUUUAUUUCGAUUUACCUUUUCUUUUAACUAUUAUGUCUGUUAUAUCUGAAAUCUGUUUUGUCUCUCCCCACUUAUAUAUCUUGCUAUCUUGGGAUCGGCAUGGAUCUUUUCUAAAUUGAGAAUAAGGUUCUAUUAGCUGCUGGUGCAGUUUGGUGCUUAAGAUCUUAGCAUUACCAACUUAUUUUUGAGAACCUGGAAAAAAUUGCGCACUGAAUGUCUUAGUUGGCCUGUGAAAUUAGAUGGUUCUUGUGACUCCGGUCUGAUUAUUUUUAAUUACCAUUUGUGCAAUAAGUUUCAGUGUAAGAUUAGCUAUUUACAUAGGAAUGGAGCUAGUCCUUUUCAGUCCUUUCCCUGCUAUGAAAUUAGAUGGUUCUUGUGAGCCAUGUGGUUUCUUUGGUUUUAUAUACUUUUAGGUAACAUCUGUCAAAUAAGUUUUUGUGUAAGAUUAGCUAUUCUGUAGUUCAAAAAGGCGCUCUCACCUAGGCGUGCUUAAGCGCUGGGCGUUGGCAGCCCCAGGCUCUCAAAAAAGCGGCCGGCGAGAAAUCAGUCUUUUCUGGUGAGGAAUCAAUCUCCCAGCGAGGAUUCAUCCUCCGUGACAAGGGUUCAACCACUCUGACAACAAGUCGACUGAUUCCGGCGAGGGAUUGAGAUUCUCUGGCUGUUUCUCAUCGGCGCAGCAAGGGAGAAAGGAGAGGAAGAGGCAGCAUCGGUGCAGCAAAGGGAGACAGGAAGAGGCAGCGCAUAAGCGAGUUGGGUGCGAGUAGGUCCCAAAACGUAUAGUUAACGCCCAACGCCUUUUUGAACCUUGGCAACUGACUUAGUGUCUUUUUCAAUCAUUUCCCUGCUGUACUAAUUAAGGUUUUAUGAAUUUUACAUCUUCGACAGGAGGCUAACAGUAACAAUGAUUCGAAAGCACCAGUUUCUAUGCGCAUUGUGAUGUCUUCAUUGGGUAUUUCUGGUUUCUUCUCCCAUGUUAUGACCGGGCAGACUUAUGCCCGUAGGAGGCCCACCGGGCAGAUUUAGUUAGGGGCUUGGCCCACAAGUUAUCUUAUUUUUUAGCAUCGUGGUUAUAUAUACUAGCUGUAAGACUAUUUUUGAGAUUAAGCAAUAAGAAGAAUUCUAUUGCCCGGCUCCCAGAGGAGCCGGACCCUAAACCCUAGCCGCCCCCUCUCUCAACCGCCGCCUCCCUCCUUCCACCUCGCAACAGCGCCUGCGGGUCGGCCGCCGCGCCCUCGCCCAUGUCCACUCCCGUCCUUCCCCUACAACCUGAGGAGCAGGUCCGGUAGGACCCUGGGUUCUACCAAUUUGGUAUCCAGAGACUCGGGUUCGAUCACGUCUUCAUCAACACCCAUGCCGCUGCUGCCCGUCGUCACCACCGCCCCGAUGACCACCGUUGGGGCCCCCACGCUGCCGGGCCCGAUCACCACCGCGGGUUCCCCAUCGCCGCCGGCCCCAGUCACCUCCGCGCCGCCGACGACCACCGUCUUCACGCCGAAACAGGUCACCAGCACAUUUGCGGGAUCUCGUGACGUCCGUCCAGGGACUCUACCUGUACCUAGCAGGGCCGUAAGCACCGCCUCCGGCUGCGCCGAUCGCCGCCUACGGCCACCCCGCGCUACCGUGGCCGUCCCAAGGCAUGCCUGCAAGCGGCGGGCCACCGCUGCUGCCGUUCCAGGCGGGGCACCCCAGCGGCCUGCCACCGCCGCUGCUGCAGCAUCAUCAGCCUCCAGCCGCGGCUCCUCUAUGGCCGCAGUGGCCAACUCCGUCCCCCGCAGCACCCAUCGCGCCUUCCCACCCUCCACCACAGACGCUGCAACCACCGGCGCCACCUCUGCCCAGCUCGGGGGCGUCCUCGCCGGCCGGCCUGCCGAUCCAUCAGGUCCGGUUCCCGCCCUUCCCGUCGCCACUACCAACUUGGCGGCUGGAUCUUCGCCAUCACCGGUCUACACCACGGCUCCAGAACGGAUCACCCCGUUCCCGCAGUUCGACGGGCCAUUCGGCUCCGCGGGUCACUACCCGGACUACUCCGACCAGGCACCACCCGCCUCACUGUUCCGCACCUCCGAGCCAGUUCGACACGGCGCUCCGACCCAGACACCGCCGCGGUUCGCCAAAAUCGACUUCGCCACAUAUGACGGCACGGAGGACCCCCUCAACUGGCUCAACCAGUGCGACCAGUUCUUUCACGGGCAGCGCACCCUCGCACCGGAGCGUACCUUGGUCGCCUCUUACCACCUCCGUGGCGCGGCACAGACAUGGUAUUACGCCCUCGGGCAGGACGAGGGCCGCAUGCCCCCUUGGGAGCGCUUCCGCGAGCUCUGCCUCCUUCGCUUUGGGCCUUCGAUCCUCGGGAGCUUCCUGGCGGAGCUCAGCCGCCUUCCCUUCACCUCCACGGUGCAGGACUUCGUUGACCGUUUCCAGGCCCUGGCGUGCCACGCGUCGGGCGUGACGAUGCAGCAGCGGGCCGACCUCUUCGUCGGUGGACUUCCGGAUCACAUCCGCGUGGACGUAGAGCUUCGUGGACCGCAGGAUCUCCAGACGGCCAUGUAUUAUGCCCGCCUUCGAGUGUCGCGCCCAGGCCAUGCAGUGGGCAGCCCCGGCUCGCGGAGGCCGACAGGCCGCCUGGCAGCCCCCUGCGCCGGGCCGGCCACCCCCGACCGCCCCGACGACUACCCCCCCGGCCGUGACGCGGCCCUUCCGUCGUCUCUCUCCGGUGGAGCAGAUGGAGCGGCGGCGCCAGGGCCUCUGCUAUAACUGCGAUGAGCUCCAUACGCCGAGCCAUGUCUGCUCGUGCCUCUUCUACUUGGAGACGGCCGACUACAUCAAGGAGGACGCCCUGGUCGACGGGGCCGACGCACUGCCGCACCCAGCGACUGCUGAGGUCGCACCCGCGGCCGCCCCGGCGACGACACUCGUGGUCGCCCAUACCGUUUCAACACUCCCCUUGAUGGGUGGUAGACAUCUAUCAUCCCCAUCUUGUCACACGCCAAGUUACAGUCCUUUGUUCCCAGUCCCUUUGCCAAGCAGUCUGCAAAGUGCUACCCAGAGCUGACAUGUGUAAGGCUGAUGAUCCCAGCAUCAAGUUUCUCUUUAAUGAAGAAGCGAUCAAUUUCCACAUGCUUCGUCCUAUCAUGUUGAACUGAGUUAUUAGCAAUGGCUAUAGCUGACUGGUUGUCACACCACACCCUCAAGGGUCCCUUCCUUAGAAGUUUCAACUCGCACAGUAGGUGCUUCACCCAGAGCAUAUCACACAACCCUUGAGAUAAUGCUCUAUACUCAGCUUCUGUUGUUGAUCUAGACACAACAGUCUGUAUCUUGCUUCUCCAUGACACCAAAUUUCCUCCCACAAACACACAGUAGCCUGAAGUUGAUCUUCUAUCAUCUUGACAACUAGCCCAAUCAGAGUCACUAUAGCGAUCCACCUCAAGAGGUCCACUCUUCGCAAACCACAAUCCUUUUCCCGGAGUCCCCUUCAAGUAUCCCAGGAUUCUGUGAACAAUAUCAAGAUGUCCACUUCUUGGUUCAUGCUCAGAACCGCCAUGGUGUACGUAAUGUCAGGCUUGUAUGACACAAGUACAAUAACCUCCCAACCAGCUUCUGAUAAUCUUCCUUAUUCACUAGCUCACCUGAUUGUGCUCACUUGAUGAUUUUGUUCAAUCGGAGUAGGGGCUGCACGACAUCCCAUCAUGCCCAUGUCACUCAAGAGAUCCAAGGUGUAUUUUCGUUGGCACAAAGAUAUUCCCUUCUCUGUCCGAGCCAGUUCUAUGCCAAGGAAGUAUGUUAGAUUGCCCAAGUCUUUUACCUCAAACUCCUUGCAUAGACAACCCUUCAAUCUCUAUUUCCUCAUCAUCUCCAGUGAUGAUAAUGUCAUCCACAUAAACAGCAAGAAUGGUGAUCUUCGUUUCAGAGUGCAUGUAGAACAUUGUGUGGUCACCGUUACACUGACCAUACCCCAUGCCACGGACAACACGUUUGAACCUAUCAAACCAUGCCCUCGGUGAUUGCUUCAGUCCAUACAAGGAUUUCUUCAGCCUGUAUACCUUCCCCAUGGUCUCUGAAGUACCAAAACCUGGUGGUAUCUCCAUGUACACUUCUUCCUGCAACUCACCAUGCAAGAAGGCAUUCUUGACAUCUAAUUGAUGCAAUUUCCACCCAAAGUUUGCAGCACAGGAGACCAAUAUCCUUACUGUGUUCAUCUUUGCCACGGGAGCAAACGUCUCAUCGUAGUCAAUUCCAUAAGUUUGACUAUAUCCUCUGGCGACCAAUCUGGCCUUAUACUGUUCCACCUUCUCUUCGGGAUUCUACUUCACUUUAUAGAUCCACUUACAACUCACUGCUUUCUUUUCUGCUGGCAAUGUGGUUAGCACCCACGUCUUGUUUUUUCCCAAUGCUUCCAACUCCUCUAUCAUCGCUUCAUGCCACUUCGGAUCUUGCUUUGUGGCCCUCCAUUCUUUUGGGAUUGACACAGUUUGAAGAGACGCAACAAACACUCUAAUAGGAAGGAGACAAAGCCUCAUAAGACACAUAAUUUUUCAGUGUCAUGAUCAUCAGAAACCUCCGGUGGUAAAGCCUUUUGUGUUGCUUCACGUGUCCCCUUUCGCAACGCAAUAGGCAGUUCCACUGUGUCAGAUGAGCUUGCACCACUGCCUUGCUGCUCCCCCUGCACUUGUGGUUGCCAUUGAGAAUAUACCAGACGAGUGUCAGAUGAGUCAUGCACUUGUGGCACUUGUGGUUGUCGUCGAGAGUAUACUAGGGGAGUCUUCUCCAUCGAUCUCGAAUAGGGAGUUGGAGAUUACCAAUCUGAAUGGAACCCACUGGUGGCUGGACUUGAACCUGCACAUCACCAUCAGUGAGAGUACCAACUGGAAUUGUACCCACAAUUGGCUGGACUUGAACCCGCACAUCAUCAUCAGUGUUGGUGUCCAUAGAACCCUUUUGAGUGCGAGAUACAACCUUCUCCCCCUCUUGACCAUUCUGCACAGAGUGUGAAUGGUCAAGCCCUUGAAACAACACACUUAGAUCUGUGGGGUCACCAUAGAAUGGCUCAGACUCCCUGAAGGUGACAUCCAUACUGACAAACCUACGCUUCUCAGAGGGACACCAACAUGUAUACCCAUAUUGACUAGAAGAAUAGCCCAGAAAAAUACACUUCACUGCUUGCGGAUCAAGUUUCCCAACAGAAGGAUGAUGAUCACGAACAAAACAAGUACUGCCAAACAACUUUGGGGGAACAACAAACUUAGUUUCUCCAUAUACUAGCUCACAUGGCGAUUUCAUGCCUAGUAUUCUUGAUGAUGUCCUGUUGAUCAGGUAUGUGGCUGUCAUAACUGCUUCACUCCACCAGAACUUGGGCACAUUCAUUGUAAACAUCAAUGACCGAGCAACCUCAAGAAUAUGUCGAUUCUUCCUUUUUGCCACUCCAUUCUGAGGAGGGGUGUCUAGGCAUGAUGUUUGAUGAAGAAUACCUUGAUCAGACAAGAAGGCCCCAAAGGUGUUGUUCACAUACUAUGUACCAUUGUCAGUCCUGAUCACCUG